UUCUAUAAAAUUAAAGUGCAUCUUGGCGCUUGCUCCAAAUGUUGCAGUCAUUUGUUUUUCAUAAUCCAGCAUACUCGUAGUAACGAAUAAAACGGAUUUUUAAGGAUUCCUCCAUCAUGCUAUUUUUUGGUCUGCUGAUUUCCUUUGUUCCUUGUGAAUAAAUUUGACGCAAGUUGCACCAUGGACAUGUUCGACAGGCUCCUGGUGUUGAUAGAGCUGGCCGAAAGUUGUGGAGUCAGCACACUCCAGCAGGGUUUUGAACAAAUCUGGAGGCUUCUGCUCAUUUGUCUUCUCACUAGGCUGCUGUUCAGGUUGGGAGGCGUGUCCUCUGUGAAUCAUGUUGUGUCGAUGUUUGCGGGGAUCUUCAGCCUUUUCCUCUUUUUUAACCUGCAAAUGCUGUGGGUGCUACUACUCAGUCUGCUUUGCUACCUCAUUCUUCUUCUUGUUCGACACUCCAGCAACAAAGGCCUCUUCCUUUCCGCUGCCAUUCUCAUUUACCUCCUCAUUGGAGAGUUGCAUUUAAUUGACACGGUAACCUGGCAUAAGAUCAGAGGCAGUCAGAUGGUGGUGGCCAUGAAAGCCAUUUCUCUGGCCUUUGACCUGGACAGAGGAGCAGUCAGCGCUUUGCCCACGCCAACUGAGUUUCUUGGCUAUGUUCUCUUUGUGGGCAACGUCGUCUUCGGGCCUUGGAUCAGCUUUUCAACAUACAAGACUGCUAUUGUUGGCAGGCAACUGAGCUGGUUAUGGCUGCGCUGUUCCUUCCUCAGCCUCUUAAAGAGUCAAAUGUGUCUGCUGGUGUCCUCUUGCAUUGCACCAUACCUGUUCCUUUUCUUCAUCCCUAUCAGUGGAAAUGCUGUCAUUCACAAGUGGCAAAGUGCCUAUGAGAAUGCAUUGUCAUUCCACUUCAGUAACUACUUUGUGGGGCACCUCAGCGAAAGCACCAGCAUGCUGGCAGGUGCUGGCCACAUUGAGGAAAAAGACAACAUCAGGUGGGAAAUGGAAGUGGUCAAACCCCUGAAUGUGGAAAUGCCUCGCUCCAUGGUUAUGGUAGUGACUUCCUGGAAUAUUCCCAUGUCACAGUGGCUUAAAAUUUAUAUCUUCAAAAAUGCCAUGAAACUUGGAACUUUUCCAGCCAUCUUGGUCACAUACACAGCCAGCGCUCUACUACAUGGUUUGAGUUUCCACCUAGGAGCCGUGCUGCUCUCUUUAGGCUUCAUCACAUAUGUUGAACACGUCCUGAGAAAGAGGCUCGCUGCCAUCUUCAGUGCCUGUGUCCUGUCCAGACCUUGCCCCUCUGACUGCAGCCAUCAACAUAAGAAGGGGUAUUGGGUGAUGCUGCUCAACCUAGUUUUCAGUUUCUUGGCUAUCUUCCACCUCACCUACUUGGGCUCCAUGUUUGAUCCGGGUGUUGAAGAGGAAGUGGAAGAGGGUUACGCAGCCAUCCACACCAUUCAGAGGUGGUCAGAACUUAAUUGGGCAAGCCACUGGGUUGUAUUUGUCUCCUGGAUUUUCUACCGUUUAAUCCUGUGAUUUUUGUCAGUUGCUGGCAGAUAUAUGUAUUCUCUGUCUAGGAUCACGGACUAGCCGUGAUCUAGAUGAUGUAGACUGUGUUGAGUCUAUACUUUUUGCCAAGAUGAGAUGGAAGUCCGAAAAGAUGCAGUCAAGGAACUAAUGUUUGCAUACAUAUUUGGAAUUAUGAUUGUUAGCACACACUACAUGUCCUGAUUAUUUCGAAUCAAACAUUCAUUUCAAAAUGCAUUGAAAAUAAUUAUUAUUAAUACCGUGUUGAAUAUGGAUCUGCUCUGUUGUAAGCAAAUGUUUGUCUUUAUUUAUUCAUAUGUGAUAUAUUCAAAUGUUAUAUAGUGUCCAUGUUGAAGUUACUUGGAUUUUAGUUACAUGUGAAAAAGGUAACCUUAACAUUAUUUGUUUUUAUCACUGCCUUUUCUAUUGCUACUACUAUUAAAUGUAUGCAUAUUAAUAAACGUCUGUUUUUAAAAUUA